AUGGCGUUUAGCUUUCCAGCCUUUUCCUAUAUUAUAGCGUUAAUUGUUGACGCAUUUCUUAUAUUUUUCUCUAUAUUCCAUGUUAUAGCGUUCGAUGAAUUGAAAACUGAUUAUAAGAAUCCAAUUGACCAGUGCAAUAGCCUCAACCCUUUGGUGCUACCUGAAUACUUAUUACAUUUAUUAAUUAAUGUAUUGUUCUUGCUUUCCGGCGAAUGGUUUUCUUUGUUGGUUAAUGUACCUUUGAUACUGUAUCACAUUCACAGAUAUAGAACAAGGCCUGUAAUGUCUGGACCUGGCCUGUAUGACCCCACAAGCAUUAUGAAUGCAGAUGUCCUCACAGUAUGUCAGAGGGAAGGCUGGAUAAAAUUAGCCUUUUAUCUCCUGUCAUUCUUUUUAUAUUUAUAUGGUAUGAUUGUGGUGCUGAUAGCUGCU